GUCUCCGCGGAAGUGACGCCUCCUUCUUUAAUCCUUGUCCACCAAGCCUACCUCCAGUGAGCCGCACGAACCGAACCCAAGUCUGUCGUUUCUGUGAAGCAUGGGGCCGACAGGUGAAGUGGUGCUUGGCAGCCCAAUGUCGGUCCGCCCAGAGAACCAGCUCCGCUGGGACCUGGGCCCCGAGCAGAUCCAGCAGCUGGCCGACGAGCUCAUGGGAAACACGAAGAAGGUUUAUGACCGCGUGGGAGAGCUGGACCUGGAUGCCGUCACCAUGGAGAACACCCUAAAGGCGCUGGCGGACGUAGAGGUGGAGUACACAGUCAAGCGGAACAUGUUGGACUUCCCUCAACACGUGUCUCCCUCUAAGGAGGUCCGGGCGGCCAGCACCGAGGCCGAUAAGCGGCUCUCUGAGUUCGAUGUGGAGAUGAGCAUGAGGGAGGACGUCUAUCAGAGGAUCGUCGCCCUGGAGAAGAAGAUCGACACUGAAAGUAUCCCUCCGGAGGCCAAACGCUACAUGGAGCGGGUGAUCAAGCUGGGGAGGAGGAACGGCCUGCACCUGCCCAAGGAGACCCAACAGGAGAUUAAAAGCAUCAAGAAGAAGCUGAGCAACCUCUGUAUCGACUUCAACAAGAACCUGAACGAGGAUACUACCAGCCUGUCCUUCACCAGGGAGCAGCUGGGUGGGCUCCCAGAGGACUUCCUGAACUCUCUGGAGAAGGAUGGAGACAAUCUAAAGAUCACUCUGAAGUAUCCUCAUUACUUCCCAACCAUGAAGAAAUGCUUCAUUCCAGAAACCCGUAAGAAGCUGGAGGAGGCCUUCAACUCCCGCUGCAAAGAGGAGAAUUCUGUGAUCCUAAAGGAGCUGGUGAAGCUCCGCGCUCAGAAGAGCUCUUUGCUGGGCUUCAGCACCCACGCAGACUUUGUUCUGGAGAUGAACAUGGCCAAAUCUGGCAAGAAGGUGGCCAGCUUCCUGGAGGAGUUGGCCCGGAAGCUGAAGCCUCUGGGUGAGGAAGAGCGAGCAGUCAUCCUCAAACUGAAGGAGAAGGAGUGUGAGAAGAGAGGCCUUCCAUUUGACGGACAGCUGCAUGCCUGGGACACGCGCUACUUCAUGACUCAGGUGGAGGAGACCCAGUAUGCUGUGGACCAGAACCUGCUGAAGGAGUACUUCCCCAUGGAGGUGGUGACUCAGGGUCUGCUGGACAUCUACCAGGAGCUGCUGGGGCUGAGCUUCCAGCUGGUGGAUAAAGCGCCCGUCUGGCAUCCUGACGUCACUCUGUACUCUGUGAAGGACCGUAAGAGUGGUCAUGUGGUGGGACAGUUCUACCUGGACCUUUACCCCAGGGAGGGGAAAUACGGUCACGCCGCCUGCUUCGGCCUGCAGCCCGGCUGCCUGCUGCCUGACGGAACGCGCCAGAUGUCGGUGGCAGCCAUGGUGGCCAACUUCAGCAAGCCGACGGCCGACGCCCCGUCCCUCCUUCAGCACGAUGAGGUUGAGACCUACUUCCACGAGUUCGGCCACGUUAUGCAUCAGCUCUGUGCUCAGGCCGACUACGCCAUGUUCAGUGGGACCCACGUGGAGCGAGACUUCGUGGAGGCGCCAUCUCAGAUGCUGGAGAACUGGGUCUGGGAGAAGGAGCCGCUGCAGAGGAUGUCCAAACAUUACAAGACGGGAAAACCCAUCCCAGAGGAACUGCUGGACAAACUCAUCAAGUCCCGGCUCGCCAAUACUGGUCUCUUCAACCUGCGGCAGAUCGUUCUGGCCAAAGUGGAUCAGGCGCUGCACACCAGAACCGGGCUGGAUCCUGCUGAGGAGUACGGGCGCCUUUGCCAGGAGGUCUUGGGGAUCCCAGCUUCACAGGGAACCAACAUGCCAGCCACCUUCGGACACCUGGCAGGCGGGUACGAUGCUCAGUACUACGGUUAUCUGUGGAGCGAGGUGUUCUCCAUGGACAUGUUCUACGCUCGCUUCAAAAAGGAGGGCAUCAUGAACCCAGAGGUGGGUCUGGACUACAGAAAGUUCAUCCUGCAGCCUGGCGGCUCCGAGGACGCCUCCGAGAUGCUGAGGAAGUUCCUCGGGCGGGAGCCCAAACAAGAAGCGUUCCUCCUGAGCAAAGGCCUGACGGUGGAGCUGGAUGCCAGCACGCCCUGUCCCUGCUGACCAAUCAGAGCAGCCCUGCCCCCAGUCUGAACUUUGGACUGACGUUUUCUAGAAAAACUGUAAAAUGUUAAACAGAUGGACCCAAUGAAUAAAAAGAAUU